CUCGUCUUUUUUUCUGUUCCCUGUCUUUUUUACAAAGUUUCGCGCACCACUACUUUUAUUAUUAUUAUUAUUAUUAUUAUUAUUUACCCUCACACCUCUUUAUCUCUUUUUUUGUCUAGAAAAUGGUAAGUGCUUUUUUUGUUGUUUAUAAAACACUUUUUUUAUCAUAGUAUAUCCCAGUCGCUGCUGGUACUUUAACGUACAUGCGCCCAGGCUCUGCCAACGCCAAGCAGCGACAGGAGUCCCUGGUCCUGGAGAUAAACUUAAUGCGAUGAGGAGCUCUUCGGAUUCUGACGACGGAGUUCCUCUGUCAGCAAGGAUAACAAACAACAGGUCCGCCACAAACGGCAAGAGCAGCUUGCGCCGGGGUGACGACGAUAGUGGCAGCGACAGCGACUCCAUGCCGCUAUCAAAGCUCAGCGUCGACCCGCGGGCGAAGCGAGCAAACGACAGCAGCGACAGCGAGUCUGAUCAACCCCUGUCGAACAAGGUGAAGGCGCCCAAAAAGACGACAAACGGCAGCACUGCAACCACCACUGCAGUCAAGCGCGCUAAGAGGGAGAUAGUAUCCCCGAAGGACGCCAAAAAAGCCAAGAUGGCGCCAACUCUAAAGGCCGCGUCUGCUACCGCUGCCAUCGACAAAAAGCCUCGCAUCAAAAAGGACACUGCGACACCAGCUGCAAAUGCUGCCAGUCGCCGUGGCAGCGGUGCUCCCCUGGCCAGCAAGAUCGCCAGCCGCAAACCCUCAAUCAAGGCCGAGUCAUCGGUGACAGCCCCUUCACAGGAUGGCAGCGAGGACAGCGACAACGAAGAGUUUAAAUGGUGGCUCGAAAACAAAGAUAACGAUGGACCAAAGUGGAAAAGCCUAGAGCAUUUUGGUGUUCUGUUCCCGCCUGAAUACGAGCCGCACAGAAUCCCGCUCUCCUACAAGGGCAAGCCGUUCAAAAUGCACUCCGAGGUUGAAGAGGUGGCGACGUUCUUUGCUGCCCUCGUGGGCACCGACCACGGCAACAAUAAGGUAUUCCAGGAUAACUUUUUCUCCGACUUUAAGGAGCUCUGCGACAAGCACCACGCCAAGCACCCCAUUAAGGAGUUUAAGAGCUGCGACUUUUCCAGUAUCCGCGCGCACCUAGAUGGCCAAUCAGCGAAGCGCAAGGCGAUGACCAAGGAUGAGAAGGAGACCUCGAAGAAGGAGAAGAUGCUGAUUGAUGAGAAGUACGGCUUCUGCAUGCUAGAUGGCCGGCGCGAGAAGGUAGGGAACUUUAGGAUCGAGCCCCCAGCGCUGUUCCGCGGCCGCGGCGCGCACCCCAAGACGGGCAUGCUCAAGAAGCGCGUUCUUCCGGAGCAGUGGGGUAACGUUAUUCAUGACACCACCGUGACAUGGCUGGCCAUGUGGAAGGAGAACAUCAACGGAAACACAAAGUACGUCUUCCUCGCCGCCGGCAGCUCGCUUAAGGGCCAGAGCGACAUGAAGAAGUUUGACAAGGCCCGCAAUCUCGUGCGCUGCAUCGACGGGAUUCGCAGCCAGUACACUAAGGACCUUAGGAGCGACAUCAUGGCCGAGCGCCAGCGUGCCACCGCCCUGUACCUCAUUGAUCGGUUUGCGCUCCGUGCGGGUAACGAGAAGAGCGAUGAUGAGGCCGACACCGUAGGCUGCUGCUCCCUGCGCUGCGAGCACGUGACGCUAGAGGCGCCUAAUAUUGUCAACUUUGACUUUUUAGGUAAGGACUCGAUCCGCUACGAGCGCACGACUGAGGUCGACAAGCAAGUGUGGAAGAACCUGCGCCUGUUCCAGAAGGCGCCCAAGACGAAAAAUGACAUGCUGUUUGACCGCCUCACCCCGACCACGCUGAACAAGCACCUGCAGACACUGAUGCCUGGCUUGACCGCCAAGGUGUUCCGUACGUUUAACGCAUCGUUUGUGUUCCAGAAUCAGCUGGCCAACACGCCGGCCAACGGUACCGAGGCCGAGAAGAUCCUGGCGUACAAUCGCGCCAACCGCGAGGUCGCCGUUCUCUGCAACCACCAGCGUACAGUGUCCAAGGGAUUCCAGGGCCAGAUGACCAAGAUCGAGGAUAAGCUGCUGGCCGUGCGCUACCAGCGCAAGCUGCUGAAGAGCUACCUUCUUGAGGUUGCGCCUGAUCUCAAAAAGAAGCACCCCGAGAUCGCCAAGAGCGAGCCCGGACUCACAGCCAAGUGGAUCAAGAGCUUCCUGUUAGUGACUUGCGAGACUGACUGUGAUAAGGCGCGCAAGAAGUUUGAGCGCGACAAUGAGAAGCUCAAAGAGGCUGGCGAGGCGGCCAUUCCGGAGUCUAAGCUUGCCGCCCAGAUCGCCGAGAUUAACGAGCGUGAGAAGAGCAUCAAGAAUGGCACGUACACACCAGAGCUGCCGGUGAGCAAGAACACGCAUACGGACAAGAUCCUCGAGAAGAUCAGCAAGCUCACUGAGCGCAUUGCCAACAUCGAGGUGGACAAGAUUGAGAAGGACGAGAACAAGACCACUGCUCUGUCGACGUCCAAGAUAAACUACAUCGACCCGCGCAUAUCUGUGACCUGGUGCAAGAAAUACAACGUGCCCCUGGAGAAGAUCUUCAACAAGGCCUUGCGUGAGAAGUUCACCUGGGCGCUUGAUGUCGACAGCACAUGGUCAUUCUGA